AUGAAGGGGAUCGAGAACCUCAUUCGAACCUUAUCCAUGUCCUCCAAGAUGAACUCGUCGUCGUGGUCCCGGCGUCCGCGUGCUGGGUCACGACGUCCCUCCCAUGUCCUACUCAACGUCGACGCCGUCGUUGGCAUCCACCGGAACCGCACCACCGCCACAACCUUCAACAGCAACGGGGUGCUCAUCGAGCCCCCCACCCCCGUCUUCCACAGGGAUGACGUCGGCCUCCUCCCUCAUCCGGACGGCCGUUACACCGUCGCGUCGCUGAUGGAUAUAGGCCGCGACGACGUGUACGAGCUCCAGCUGUACCACUCCGACACCGAAACCUGGACCAGCCGCCAGGUGUCUGUGGAGCCGCCACAGUGGGAUCCGUUACCCAAGAGGAUUCCCAAGUACUGCGGCGCGCUCCUACGCCAUUAUACAUCCGCCGUGGUCACCAUCGGAGGCGAGGGUGGCACCAUGGCCUGGGUCGAUCUCUGGCGAAGCAUCUUGCUCUGCGACGUGCUCCGCCCCGACCCGUCCCUCCGCGGAGUGCCCAUCCCGCUGCCGUUGACGCAGAUGAGCCUCAACGACGGGUUGGGAGUGAAGCUAGACUUCGCAGGGCAUAGCCGUGGCAUCUCCUUCAACAGAGACAAGGGGUGCCUCACGCUUGUGCACCUGGAACGGAACGAGUCCCCUCCUCCUUUUCAUGCUGCUACCAGGGGUCUUGGUGGGCAGGAUGUACAGGUUCUUGAUUGGGAGGUCACCACGUGGAGCAACAGCAAGAUGAGCGACUCCCUGGAGGAUUGGCACAAGGAACGCAGUGUCCAAGCUUCCAACAUCACCAUUGACGACCCGGCAGCGGUUUCACGGAUGCUGGAGGACUUUAGGUUGCUGCGUAGACCACCACCACGACAAGAACACAUCGAUGAUGAGGCCGCCGCCGCCACCGCCGCAGCACAAGCACAACAACAGCUAGAAUUGCACAACCUCAGCAUGUGUCAGCCAGUGCUCUGUCCCAAUGGUAAAGACGACGUGGUUUACUUGGUGGCCAGGGAGAAGUAUCUGCACCCCAAAGCAUGGUGUCUUGCUGUUGACAUGAAGAAUCAAGGUACACUGAAACAUGUGGCAAACAUUGGCAAUCAAGAUCAUCCCUUUUGUCAUCGCAUCUACUGUCUUAGUAGACUCUCCAAGUAUACCAAUCCCAAGAUGAGGUUAAUAAAAAGUUCAGCUACUGACCCGGGUAACUAA